AUGGCAACUCUUCACGGAGAUUCACCCCCAGCAGGACCUGUUUCCAUCAUUGAAUUUCUUACUAAGCUAACAUCAGAGCCUUCUGGAGCCAUCGUCUCCCACCUGCUCAACUCCCACCUCAAGAAUCUGCGCCCUCACCUCCGCUUCGAACGUGUUUGCAUAUCGGCCAACCCCCGCAAUAUCGAGGUCUUGAGGGAAAUUGUAAAUCAUGAUACGUUCCGUCAGUACGUUUGUGAAAUUGUCUGGGACGACUCACGCUUUAUAGCACCCUUGGAGAAAGAAUCAGGAUACAUUAGUGUACACGCUGAGGACUUUGACUUUGAGGACACGCCUCUGACUGUUGAACUUGCUGAGCAUCUCCAUCUUGAGGUAGCUUACAGCUGUUGUCAAAGGCUAGUCCAGCAGCAGGAAGAGGCUCUUGCUACUGCAGCUAUUAUUGCUGCCUUUGGAUUGGCUCUGGAUGACACCAAGUUUCUCACUCAAUGUAUCCCAUUCUUCCCUCAGUAUCUCACGCCCAUGAUCCGAGCAUUCCCGUAUGGUUUCAAUUACCCUCUUCAUCGUAGGUGUCCUACACCAUCACUUGGAGCUAGAAUACUAUAUGAUUCGAGCGACCUUUCGUCACUCGAUAAGAGUUGA